AUGGGUUCCUUCUCGAACUUUAAUGCUUCCGACCUUGGCUCAACCGAUCUCGAUUUCGAACAAUACCAGAAUCUAGACUUCGACUUUUUGCCCGUAGAAACUCAAAGUCAAUCAGAUGGAAAUAGAAAGAAUUUGGGAACUCACGAUUACCACCAACAUAAUGCUGCCCUCUUGACUUCCGGGAAUUUAUCUUCUCAUCACAAUUUUACCCUGGCCGCCGUUACUCCCCCUUUCACCUUGCCGAACGAUAUGUUACCGACCCCCGAAGGUUCUGAGCACAAUGUUUGUCCCGAUGCGAUGCUCAUGUCACCCUAUACCCUAACAACAAUAGAGGAGGCCUUUCAGGAAGAUGAGCGUCGUUACUUCGAAUCUUUGGAAAUCUCGGCAUUAGGAAAUCAACAAUGUAUCUCAUAUUAUGUGAACCCUGGACUCUCGUCACCGUUAACUUCUCCAGCAUCGUCCCCAAUUCAAAUCGUGAAUGUUUCCAAUAAUUCGCCGAUAAUACCUUCUAGUCAAAAAUCAUGUUCUUCUCUCAAUCAUGUUAAUAAUGUUCAACGGUUCUCCACUAUAAACAAACAAAAGUCGGAAAAGAGCAAUUCCAUCUCCCAGAACCCAAGAAGAAAAUCUUCCCAUAACAACAAUGUUGACGACAUCAAUCAUAGUUCAGAAAAUAAUGGUAAUGGCACCAAAAAAUUGACCAUGAUCAUGACAGAUUCACCACCACAAAUGGUGAACAUGACAAACUUGGAGCAGAUGACUUCGCCAAUGAUGAACAUGGUGAUCGCACCUUCAACAUCAUCUUCAACUGCUGUUAUGCAAGAACCUAUGCCCAAUUUAAAUCUCGGUAGCAAUCUCGUGUCCGCUGCAACGUCCACUCUUCUUUCGCUCGCGGUUCAAAAUGGCUCCUCGGCUCCCUCCUUUUCUGAGAAUAUUGCACCGAUAACACCAUCUUCACUCAUGAAAUUGAACGAGAAGUCUUCUCUAAAGCCUAGUCAAUCUGGGCGAAAGUCAGGUCAAGAGAAAAGUUCCCCUAAGUCAUCGCAGAACCAAACACAAAAUUUAAAACAGUCAGGCGAGAAUAAGGAUCAAACCUCAGAACAACGAUCCUCAGGCAAAGAGAUUAAUCAAUCAAUCUUCAUCGCACCAUCCCCACCUACCAAAAAGUCUAUCAAGGUCGCAACGACUGUUGCAUCAGGGACACAACCAAUGACAAUACAGCCUAACGUUUCUCCGGUUUCACCGAGAACGAUGUCUCCAAUGAUCUUGCCAUCCUCUCCGAUUGCAAGAAGAAGUUAUACGCACAAUGGCUCUUCAUCGACUCUAAACUCUUCAAAAAGCCCUCAGGCCUUGAAACCUACAAUAAGUCCGAACCUGAAGCCAAAGUUACCUGGUGUCAUAGCCGAUGAAGUUGCGGAACAAUUGGCUAAGAAGUCUAAUUACCAAAGUAUUUUGGAAGGCACUGCAAAGUCCCUCGGCAUUUCCUAUUCUUCUGAUGUGCACUCGAGUCUUGAAUCUCGACGUACCACGCACAAAGCUGCUGAACAGAAACGUAGGGAUUCGUUGAAACAGAGUUUUGAUGAAUUAAAAAAAGUCGUUCCAUUCCAUUCGACAGAUUCCAGUAAUUCGAACAAUGGCAACAAUGGCAAUGGAAACAGCAGCGGAAGCGAUGGAAACAAUAGUAGUAACUCAACUGGCAAAAAUGGUGAUGGCAAUCCCUCGAUGAAAAAUGUGUCUAAAUUAUUCCUGUUAAAAAGAGCCCAUGACUAUAUCGUUGAGCUCCAUAAAAUUACCAGGGAAAAAGAUGAUAUUAUACAGAAACUUAGUGAGGAACUUGGUGAGCUAAGGCAAUCAAAAAAACAAAAGGUCGAACACGACCAACAAAACGAGGACAAAAUGGAAAUAUCAAAAGACAAAUCUGAUGCUUGA